AUGAAGAAGAGAUCUACCACAGGAUGUUUGACGUGCCGUCGACGCAGGAAAAAAUGCGACGAGCAGAAACCGGUGUGCAAAGGCUGCGAGCGGAACUUCCUGCCUUGCGAAUGGCCUCAGUGCCCUGGUAUAAGAAGACGUCGCCGGAGAAGAGAAGCACCGCAAGGCCCGCUGUUGCUGGAGGAGACUGAAACUUCCGAGCCGGAGGAUGAGUUUUGCAGAAAAGAGAAAGGUAAGGAAACAAAGUUCCAUAUUAUACAGUGCACUGACAUCCGGUCCAACAACCAUCCCGAUAAAAAUGUUCACUGGCAAUUUGAAAACUACUCUAAAGCCGAAAAUAGUGUUCUGACAAAGUAUGAUGAGCAAAAGUGUCGAUUCGUGGAGGCCUCCGCAGACGAAGGCUUAGCGUUCACAAUGGGUGACGACUUUUCAAAGUAUCAAGAAGCUGGCCUGGGUGAGUCUGAUGGAAUCCCAGAAUCUCUCGAUCCAUUACAUGACAUUAGUAUUGACUUUCUGAAUAGCGUUUAUGUGGACAGAACAAUUGAUAUGCACUUGAAUAGAAGCACAGUUCCUCUAGUUCAAGUUCCAACCGAUGCGUUGAUAAUUCAUCCGGAAGUUCAUAGCGCGCAAAACUUUGGGUACGAUGAAAAGCAUACGUUUUUUGAAGAUCUCUUGAGACGUUACCGGCGACGUGACGAAGUGACUGAUGCGGACUUGGAUAGCAUCAAUCUCCAGGAGUUUUUAUUUUACUGCUGUGCGAAAGGCUUUAUUCCAAAGCUUGAUACACAGUAUACGCAUCCCUCCUUAACCACGGAUGCCACCUUCGUGCCUCAAGCGAGCAAAAACGCACUAAUUAAAAAUGUUUUUAUAUGCUGCGGUGCAACAUAUUUGGCUUGGUGUGAUUUAGAGCGUUACCAGCAGCUAAGCGAUGAGCUUUACAUUAACUGUAAAGCCCAGAUUCUCGAUUACAUCGAGCAGGCCGAGAAUUAUGCAGAUGACGACUGGCUUUUUGCUGCUUUGCAAUUAUUAUGCAUUCGAGACAAGAACUCUUUCACGGGAACUGUCGACAACUCCAUAUGGCACUUGUCUAAAGCUUUCUUCAUUAUUCGUGAAAGAUACUACGAUGCUACUUCGACAGAUUUGUUUGAUGAUCCGCUACUUGACCUGCUCUUGCGCGAGAGUAUUGUUCUUCAACCUCAAGAAAGGAUGUUUAUCGAAAGCUUCAUAUACCAAUACUCGAUCUCAAUAUUGUUUGCUCGAGACAUCUCAUGUUUACCUAAUCCCUGUGCUGUUUUUAGAGCAUUGAGUUUAGUUCUAAAGUGUCCCGUCUACAAUCUAGAGGGUCAUGACCAAUGGAUGAACAAUCCACUGCUAGGGCCAUCAUUGGACACUUUUGAAAUUUUGGCCAAAUUGUCCUACAUAGCACGAAUUCAAAUGCCCUUGGAACCAAAAUGGCACAAAAAGGUACUGCAACUGCGUAACAUGUGCAUAUAUUAUACACAGCCAAGUCCCGCUCAGAAAAUAGAUGACCUACAAUGGUUUAAUUAUAGAGUCACUUCAAUGGUCGGCCUGCUAGUCACGAAGACUUGUGACCUGUUUGCCUCAAAGAUAUUGAACUACACUACAUUUGACGUCACUAGUCCUAAAGUUCAAAUGCAAACCAAGGAAAUUAUUAAUUUGUUCAAAAAGGUUCCUGCUGAUCAUCAAAUUUGGGGCAUUUUAUCCUGGACAAUCGUAAUUACUGGCGCUUUUACGCGAGACCCCAAAGAUCAACUGUACAUCAUAGAAAGAGUUCAGCAUAUAGCAGAACGCGCUCACAGUUAUUGUGGUAUAAAGAUGUCAUCUUUUUUACAUGAUAUAUGGAACACAGCGGACGGAUUAAAGUUCUUGUUUGACCGCAAUAAACUAGCACAGGUGGAUUUAUAA